UAUCAUAUAGUCGAGUAAUAGUAAUCGAUAAUAUUAUCAGAGACAUACAAAACAAAAAAGAGAUAAAAUCUAAACGGGUAAAAAUGAGCGAAACUGAGCAUUUCACUACUGGCUCCAACAAGCCCAUCUAUCCCGACGAUGGCGUACUGCGCUUGUACUCGAUGCGCUUUUGUCCCUAUGCACACCGGGUGCAUCUCGUGCUCGAUGCCAAGAACAUACCAUAUCACAGCAUCUAUAUUAAUCUGCAAGCCAAGCCCGACUGGUUUGUCCAGAUGAGCAGCACAGCCAAGGUGCCGGCACUGGAACUAGUCAAGGAGAGCGGCAAUCCAGUUCUAAUCGAAUCUCUAGUCAUAUGCGAUUACCUGGAUGAGGUGUACCCAGAAGUGUCGCUCUACCCGACAGACCCGUUGAAGAAGGCCCAGGACAAGAUACUCAUUCAGCGUUUUGGCCAGUUCAUCACAGCCAUUUACAAGCUGUUGCUUGACGACAAUCCCGAUCUGGACCUGGCCGACCUCAACACCGGGUUGGACAUUUACGAGAAUGAGCUAAAGAAGCGUGGUAGCAGAUUCUUUGGCGGCUCCAAGCCGGGCAUGCUAGACUACAUGAUUUGGCCAUGGUGCGAGCGUUUUGCUUCCCUGAAACACGACGACGGCACCCAAGUUGAGUUGGAUGCACAGCGCUUUGUGACACUACUUAAGUGGCGCGACUUGAUGCUGCAGGAUAAGGCCGUGAAGAGUUUCUAUCUGGAUGGGGAGACUCAUGCCAAAUACAUGAGCUCCCGUCGUGCUGGCAAUGCAGAUUAUAACAUGCUCUACCAUGCCGCCAAGCGUGCAAGACGGGAGUAAAACCUUAUACAAAAUUUAUUGUUUUUUUUUUAACUUUGCUGGAACGAAAUCAGUGAUAAUAC